AUGGCUACGUCGCUCUACUACUUUUGGACCCUAAACCGUGACUACCAGAAUUUGGAAUUCCCGACAUCGGCACUUUCGAGUGCGUUACAGCUGAUGAGAAGCGAAAGUUCAGAGAAGGGUGUAGAGCUUGCUAAUUCUAUUCUUUGUUAUGUCAACGAUGACCGCAUGCGCCUCGAGGAGAGUAGCAACGAUAGCGCAGUAAAUGCCUAG